CAGGGAAAGCCGCUUUCCGGAACGAGAGUGCAGCUUCCUGCUUCUUCUCAAAGGUGGCAGUGGGGAGAGUUUGGUUCCUGUUUCUCUGCAUUAGAGGCACCCAGCGGCAGGGCGACUCCAGACACCCAUCCUGGUCUGAGCAGAAGGUCUCCAGGAGUUUGGAGGUGGGAAGAUGCGCAGGGAAAGCCUUCUGGUGCUCGGGAUUUGCUGGUUCCUGUCCUCCUCUGAGGGCGUAAACCCAGGUUUUGCAGGCAGGAUCACCAAGAAAGGAUUGGACUAUGCAUGCCAAGAAGGAGUCGCCACCUUGCAGAAGGACUUGCCUGCCAUCACCCUCCCUGAAUUCUCCGGCUCCUACAGGGUUAAAAUGAUAGGAAAUGUCAACUACAGGUUUUACAGUCUGAACAUCCGUCGGUUCGAGCUAUUCCACUCAACAAUUGAACCCAUGCCGGGCCAGGGCCUCAGGGUCUCCGUCAGCAAUGCUUUGGCUGAAAUGACCGGCCACUGGGAGCUGAAGAAACGUUGGUUGAAGGAUGAUGGCUCCUUUGAACUGAAGCUUGAUGGCAUCUCCAUCUCUGUGGGCUUGAAGCUGGGGAGCGAUGACACUGGGAGACCAACGGUUACCACCUUGGAUUGCACCACCCACAUUUCCAAUGUCGACAUUGAUAUUUCUGGCAAAUGGGAGUGGCUGUAUAACCUCUUCGAAAGAAAGAUUGAAUCAUCUUUCAAGGCAGUCAUGGAGAGCAAGAUCUGUGAGAUGGUGAGAAUUUCCGUUAACUCCAAACUGCAGUCCCACCUUCAGUCGUUGCCAAUUACAGCCAAUAUCGACCACACAUCAAGCAUCGAUUAUUCUCUGGUUGGGCCACCGGUUGCGACAAGUCAGUGUGUAGACCUGGACCUCAAGGGCGAAUUCUUCUCCACCGCCCAUCGUUCCCCUGCUCCUUUCCCAGCGCCUCCUCUCUCUUUUCCGCUGGAUCCCAACCGCAUGGUCCAGUUCGGGAUUUCCACUUACUUCUUCAACACAGCUGGUGACGUCUACUACAAAUCGGGAUCCCUGACCUUCUGGAUCGUGGAUGAGAUGGUUCCUCCGGAGGUUAAGAUCCGGCUGAACACCUCCUCCUUCCAGCCCUUCAUCCCGCAGUUGAAGAAGCUCUACCCCAACAUGGCCAUGAAGCUGAAGGUCUCCCCUUCUUCGGUGCCAUCUCUGAGCAUCUCCCCCGAAACCCUCUCGCUGACCCCUUCAGUCGACAUCCAGGCCUUUGCGGUUCUCCCAGAUUCUUCCCUGGCACCUCUCUUUGUGAUUGGAGCGACCAGCCCAGUUUCUGCCAAAAUUGAUGUCAAUUCUACCAGGAUCUUUGGAAACCUGAAGCUUGGCAGGUUGAAGUUCUCUUUAAAGCACUCAGAUGUUGGGUUCUUCACGGUAAGAUGGAUGG